CUUCCCCUUCCUGGCCUCUGGCUGUGAGGCGGGUCGCGUUGUCGCCCUUACUCUACUGUCAGACUGAUCUGCGCAUGCGUCCAAAUCCCUGCCCUUCCCAGCGGCAGGCGGAGGGCGACACCUCCAGGUAAAAGUGAGGCGUUGCAGGAGGCGGACUAAGCCCGGGGCGAGUGGCGCGAGAGCAGUCAAGGUUCCUGUCCACCUUGAGGGGGCUAGGAUGGCUGAGGAGUCGAUGCGCGGUAGAGUCGAAUCCGAGGCUGGUUUUGAGGCAGUGAAGCCUGAAGAAUCUAAGGUGUCUUCACCGAAGACUGCCGAUGUUGUCGCAACGUCAUCGAAGGCGGAGGACUACAGUAGCAAGUGCGUGUUCUGCCGGAUCGCGGCGAAGCAGGAACCCGGCACCGAGCUCCUGUACUGCGAGGUGGGCUGCGUGCGGACCGGGCGUGGGACGGGGCAGGGACGCAGGCCUCGCGCCGUGGCGGACCGUGGUGGGGUCGUGUCAGGCCCCCGGGAGGGAGACCUCGCAGAAUGAAGACCUAGUUUGCUUCAAAGAUAUCAGACCAGCAGCACCUCAUCAUUAUCUUGUGGUGCCAAAGAAGCAUCUUGGAAACUGUAGAGAGCUAAAGAAAGAUCAUAUAGAACUGGUUGAGAGCAUGGUGACUGUUGGGAAAACUAUUCUUGAAAGGAAUAAUUUCACUGACUUCAAAAAUGUGAGAAUGGGUUUCCACAUGCCGCCGUUUUGUUCCAUCUCCCACUUGCACCUUCAUGUGCUGGCACCUGUUGAUCAACUUGGCUUCUUAUCAAAAUUGGUUUAUAGAGUGAAUUCCUAUUGGUUUAUCACAGCUGACUGUUUGAUUGAAAAACUAAGAAUAUGAAAAUGUCAACAGUGGAAGAUUUUCCUAAUCUUGGCUCAACAUAAACUAAUAUUUUCGUUCUUUUGAAGUCUAA